GCCCCAUAAUGAUUUUACCAUGGUGACGAUGACGUCAGCCCUGAGAAACGAAAGUUAGAUUUCGUUGCUUAGUUAUAACAGACAGAGACAAGUAUCUUGCUGUUAAAUAACCGUCAGACUUCACAAGAAGAGGAAGAAAAAUCCGACCGAAUCAUUCAAGUAGAGGUGGACAUUUUUGGACUUCACAAUGUCACCUACACAUGUGUCCUUCCAACUUGGCCCUGUGUGAAAAUCUUUUGCUAAUACCUCAGUUGACCAGAGUUUGAACUUCUGCGUCUUAUUUGUCUGCAGCCAGUAAAUAUUUUACAAGCUGCAAGAACACAUUCCAAUUCUAGCGACUGGCUUUAGCAUUAUGUAUAUACCACAAUGUCAGCUACCGAGCCUGAACUCGCUCUUUGUUUGACUUAUGACUUCAAAGUUGUAUGUGCUGAAUGCUGUGUAGAGGAGAAAGAAAUUACGUACACAUUAAAACCAGUGCAUCACCGGUGUGCGCGAGACAUCCUGCUCUGCCGGAACAAAGGUGGGCAUAAAUGGCGGCCUGUUUCAAGGCGGCCCGCCUUCCCAAACCCAAGUCACUAUAUGGUGUGCUUCUUUUUUGAGGAGGGCUUCGGUUGUAGGGUGCAUAAGAACCGUUGCACUUUUGCCCGAAGUGACGAGGAGGCUGCUGUGUGGAACUUUGAAAAGCAUCACAAAUUAGAUCACACUUUGUUGUGUAACCUCAUAUUAAAGUCUGAGACUCGAUCUUCUCAUCCUGACAAAAGCGAAUCACUGGAGGAUCUUUUACGAAAUCUGGAUUUGAAGCCUGUUUGUGACCUCUGCUCUGUUAAGGAAAAUGAAAUAACUUACACCGUUAAGACAUCCAGUCACCAGUGUGGCAGAAAACAGCUUUUAGUGAAAGCUAAAGCCUCUACCCAGUGGAGGCCGGUCUCAGAGCGCCCGCAAAGUAGAAAUUUUGGCAAAAAUGUAAUUUACAAUGUUUGCAAUUUCUUUAAAGAGGGAUCUGGUUGUACACAACACGGGCAGGGAUGCACUUAUGCCAGGAGCUUUGAAGAGGCGACUGUAUGGAACUUUAUUCGAGACAAAAACGUAGACCUUGAGAAGUUCAUCAGCCUUGUAACUGAGGCUGAGCCUUUGAUCACUCCUGAAAGUAUGGCUGAAAGCAUCCUCCAGAAGUUCUCCGGUGAGUUCAUUGUGCUCUGUAAAGACUGCUUUCACGAGCGACCACAAAAAAUAACCCCCAAAAGAUGGAGUGACACGUGCGCAGCAGAUGUAGCACACAAAUGGAACCCAGUCUUAGUUCAUCACCUAGUAGGGAGCCAAGGAAAGGUCACCUACUGCCAGAUCCGACCUCUUUCACCAGGUUGUCGGUUUCAGUACUGUAGUCAUGUCCGGGACGCAAAACCCUGCUGGCAUGAGGCCGGCCACUGCUCGUCUGCCCAAAGUGAGGUAGAAAUGGAGGUUUGGAAUGCGGAGCAGAGCGGCCUGUCGGUUCGCCCGCAUCUCCUCCAGUUGAGCAGGGAGAAGCAGAUCCAGCCUGGACAGGUCACCAUGUACUGCAAAGUCUGCCUCCUGGUUCUGUCCACCCCAGAGAGUUUCUACAAGCACUGCUCCUCCUUGGAACAUGCCAACUUACUUGCGGAGGACACGGCGAUAAGGUGGGGAGGGCGACCACCACCACACAACCGCCGAGUUGAUUUUUGGCUGUGUGAGAGACCACAAACCUGUGAGUAUGGAGACAAGUGUCCAAAGGCUCACUCUGCGGAAGAACUGCAGGAGUGGAUGAUGAGAUGUGCUGAAGAAAAGGAAAUCAGACAAAACAUUGAAGCUCAAGGUCUUAUGUGCUACAACGAACGGCUGUUGGAGGAAUACAAAAACAGCAGCAAUGAAGUAUACAUUAUAUCGGACCAUGUUGAUGAUGUCAGUGUUACUUGUGAUGGAGAUUUAACGGUAGACUGUGAACAGCUCAACACAACACUGCAGUGGAACUUCCAAGUUGACACAGAGAGAGAGCUUCUGCAUGUGGCACUGCUGAAGCAAGAGCCUGGAGCUUCAUUCUCCCUUGGUGACAUCAGUUCCGAACCCUUAAUCUAUUUGGCAGGGAAGCAUUUCCACAAUGAAAGUAUGACUUAUGACAUCACUGUGUCUUUCACGUCCAUCAGCCCAGGGUUGUAUGAACAGUGGUUAGUGAUGGAUUUUGGCCUGAGACCAGUGCUCUUGCAGAAACUGAGAGUGAAAGCAGGCCUGUCGACUUUUGAUGACACAGAACCUCCAGCUACGAACAUUGGCGCUACCUUUCGUGGUGCCGAACGCUGGCAUAGCGGGAACAGGGUCAUCGUGCCAUCUUUAAAAAGAACAGAAGAACAGGAAGAGCUGUUAAAGGAGUACAAGCCUCCUCAGAUUAGUUUUCUGUAUAAGUACUCAUGCAACAACAAAACGGCUCUAAAUCACGACAACUACAAAGAGAGAAUGCAUCACUUCUUGUACAAUGAAGAACGUGCAGAAGAUGCAGUUGUUUCAAGACUAAACAUUUGUGGAGAAGUCACAACGUUUUCGACAUUGGAAAGUAUCCAGUUUGGCAUAAAAAUUGCUCCACAAGGAGAACUCUUCUGUGCAGUCUGCAUUCCUUGCAGUCUCACACCAGACACUCCAGAGGGAUUGGCACUAAGACGGAGCAUCCCGUCUGCCCUGAUUGCCCCAUUAUCCUCAAGGGAUCGAAACUGUAAAGUCUACGAAGCCAUCAUCCACCAAGACACGGUUUACGAGAACAAAAUGUAUGUGCAGCUGUCUAAAAAAUGCUGCUCUGAUCUUGCACUUGAACGCAAUGAAUCAUAUCAGAUGGAGGUGCAAUUUCAACUCAACCGCCAAAGAUUCUGCACGAUGCACAAAGCUGUACACCUCCUACCAGACACCAAAAGAGUGCUACCGGAUUUAAAGAACUGUGGACUUCCUGUGUACAACAUUCAAUGUGAAAUCUUAAAUGAAAAGCAAAAGUCAGCAGUUGGCUUCAUCAUGGGGACAUCGGAUGACCAAAGAUUUGUGGCUCCUCUCCUUAUUUAUGGCCCUUUUGGAACUGGGAAAACAUUCACUCUUGCUACAGCAGCCAAAGAGCUUUGCAAGCAACGUGAGAACAAAAUGCUAAUUUGCACAUACACCAACAGUUCUGCAGAUCUGUAUAUCAGAGAGCACUUCCAUCAGUUCAUCAAGAAACAAAAGAGCAAAAUGAGACCAAUUCGAAUAAAAUCAAACAAACAGGGGUCUGCUUUGCUUGCUACAGAUGAGAUUACUCUUCAGUACUGUUUGCUUUCCAGAGACAAGCAGUAUUUCCUCCUACCAACAAAAGCCACCCUGGAUCCACACAACGUAGUUGUUACUACUACAUCUAUGGCAAGAUAUUUCCACGAGCUAAAUUUGCCAGAAGGAUACUUCAGCCACAUUCUAAUUGAUGAAGCCUCUCAGAUGCUGGAAUGUGAAGCCUUGAUGCCACUUGGUCUUGCUGGACCAAACACCAGAGUUGUUUUAGCUGGAGACCACAUGCAAAUGGGACCAAAGCUUUUCUCAGUAGACGAUCACCACCGUUCAGAUCACACGCUUCUCAAUCGCUUGUUUCACUAUUAUCAAAACCAAAAGUGUGACGCUGCCCACAAGAGUAGAAUCAUUUUCAGUGAGAACUACCGCUCAACAAAAGAGAUUGUGGACUUUGUAUCCACCAAUUUCUAUGUUGGGAAGAAUGACGUUAUCAAAGCUGCUGGAAAUAUUCCUUCUCAUCCAGACGGCCAUGCACUGAAGUUCCAUCAUGUCAGGGGGGAAUGUCUUUUGGACGAUAUUUCCAUGUCUUGGUUUAACAAAGAGGAAGUUGUCAAAGUGGUUGAGGUAGUUCAAGAGAUUCUGCAACACUGGCCAUCGACCUGGGGAACCAAAGAUCAGGAUUCAAUUUGUAUUCUGUCAGAAGGAGCUCAGGUCCGACAGAUCAGGAAAUCACUGUUGAGAACGAACCUUGGUAAUGUCCAUGUUGAGAAUCUUGCAAACGUCCAAGGCAAACAGUUCAGAGCAGUCAUCAUGACGGCUGUGCAAACACGUGACAGCCUAAGAACAUCUCACCUGCCUGGUCUGGAGCUGUUUAAUGAUGCACGUGUGUUAAACACUGCGAUGACUCGAGCUCAGUCCCAGGUGGUCGUGAUUGGAGACGCGGCUGCACUCUGUUGUUUUGGGAAAUGUUCAAGAAUCUGGAAGAGCUACGUUGACCAUUGCAUCAGCAAACACAGUGCUGCACCAGAAUAUUUCACCAAAGAUUUCUUUGAGAAAGAUGUCAUGGAAACUGCACGAUUCCAAAAGUUGGAAUGUGUAGAUGAGAGCAUCUCUCAUGAUACAAUCCUUCAAGAGUUGAGAAAGGAAUAUGAAGAGGUGGUGGGGCCAAAAUACAGUUCAGAUGAAGAGAUUCUGAAAGUGAACAAAUUUGAUUGUCACAAGACAGGACCACCUUUCAGAAAUGGAGAGGUUGGCACAGACCUCUUGGAGUUGUGUAAAAAGCAGCCAGACAUGUACAAGCAUGGAAUCCUGGUGAGGGAGUCAUUCAGCAGAGGUUAUGUUGUGCCAUUUGACAACCCAACCAGACGUAUCGCCAUGAAUGGACGAGCCAGCUUAAGCGGGGCCUUCACUGGAGAUGAAGUCGUCUUAUUCGAAAUGGCGAAAGUAAUGUGUAUCACCAAGGAAUCGAAAUCAUCCCGUGUUCUUGUGUGCGUGCUUGAAGAUCUAGAUCACAGCAAGCCACAAAAAAGUUCUUCACAGAAAUUUAUCAACAGGACGAUGAUACCCAUUACAAAAUCUGCACCCAAAGUCUGUAUUCACAUCAGCAAGAAAAAACGCAACUUCAUCCCUGUAUGGAAACAGAUUGAUGGUUGCUGGAUGGUUGAAAACUUUGUCAAACUUAACGAAGAGCUCAAACAGAAUUUUGUAUUUAAGGUGCAAGUGAUUGGCUGGAAAAAAAAUUGUUUCUCUCCACUGGGGAAUGUCAUUGACAUUAUUCCAAUUGGAAAAUCUUUGGAUGAUGCCACAGACAUCUUGAAUGAACAGUUCAAAGUGUGGCCCAGUAAGGUUUAUUCGGGAAAAGGUUUCUCCUCCCCAGAUGAAGAUGGAGAAUUCAGACAUGACAUCUGUGAAGUCAUCACUUUCACAGUUGAUCCAGAAAAUGCUAGAGACCUUGAUGAUGCCGUCAGCCUCAAGGAUGCCGGCGACCACUAUGAGUUGGGAAUCCAUAUUUCAGAUGUCGCAAGCUUCGUGAGUAAAGGUGAUGCUUUAGAUAAAGAUGCAAAAGAACGCGGUGCUACAUUUUACGGCCGUGAAACGAUUCAUAUGUUCCCCGAAGAGUAUAGCACCGGAACCUUCAGUCUGCUCUCACGUUGUGACUGCAGGGUUGUGUCACUGAUGAUCGAUGUUGAUAAAAAAACACAUGAGAUCAGAGGAAAGCCCAAAUUCCAGCUGUCAUUGAUCAACUCAAACAGACAGUUAUCUUAUGAAGAGGCAGAAGACAUCAUCUCUGAAAGAUAUAGAAACAUACCCACAUUUGGCACGGUGGAAGACUGCAUCGCAGUGGCUUACUGUUUCGCAAAAGCUCAAAGGAAAAAGAGAGUUGAGGACUGGCCAUAUGUUCAAUCUGAUGAUUAUCGGUUGCCAGGGAAGCGCAAAGCACAUGUGAUGAUUGAGGAGCUCAGUGUGUUGUUCAACACUCGAGCAUCUGAUGAGUUGAUCAAUACAGGCAUGUCCUGUAAUUACACACCCCUUCGAUGUCAAGACAAACCAGAUCCUGAAAGGAUAGUGGAAUUCAAGGAUAAAUGUGCAGAGUUCAUACCUCUCUCUUUUCAUGUGCGGAGGCACAUGCUUGACCAUGAUAGAAGCUCUCCAAAUGGUGGAAGCUUCCGCAUACUCACAAAUGUGUGGAAGGACAUCCAGUCAGCUGCUCGAACAGGUGACAUUGACAAAAUGGUGGACAUGAUCGCUGCUGAUGACGUCCACCCUCUGCUCCAGCCAGUCAUUAAUAAUUUCAGAAAGUGCACUAGUAAAGCUUACGUCAUCCGUUCCAAGUCCAGCCCAAAAGCAGAAGUUGGGCACUAUUCUCUAAAUGUACCGUCUUACACACAAGCAUCAUCACCGAUAAGGCGGUACAUGGACAUCGUGUUACAGAGGCUUUUGCACUCUGUCAUAUGUAACAGAGACAUCCAGUACACUCGAAGGGAGAUCGACAUUUUGUGCAAUCAAUUUGAACAGAACCUGAAAGAUGCCAAGGACUAUGAACAAAAGACGGAGAAGAUCUCCUACGCCGUGAGCACGAAGAAACAAAAUGCUCCAAAGCUGGUCAUUAUUGUUAGUGCAGAUCCCGAAGGAGACAGCUUUGCAAUUGCCUUUCCUUUCAACAAGAGCAUAUUUUCAGAGAGUUUAUCUAUUAUGUACAAUGAUUUACAACUGGAGGACCAACCGCUGCAUGAUCCAGUAACCCAACGUAUCACUCUGAAAUGGAAAAGACGAAUCUAUACACCUGACAGCAUGAAAAUGCACCAGGAGUUAAAAAUGCUCCCGUCCUCUAACUCUGUCAUUGAGGUUCCACUGACAACAUGGAAAGCUACUGUUGAAGCAAUUGACAAUGAAAACUGGAAUGAUGCAAAGAUGUGCAUAAUGCACGCUGAAACAAAUCUACUGGAAACACAAAAGAAUGUGCCAGAAUCUUGCAAGGUACUUCAAAAUGAGAUGAGCACGUGCACCUCUGAGGACUUUCACUAUGUGCCCAUCGAUCUCCAGAUACAGCCAGGGGAUACACUCCAAAUCCAAAUGACAUCUGAGCUUCAAAGAGGUUUCUGCACACCCGCUGUUCAGUUAGUAUGUAUCAAUCCAAAGUUUGAGAUUUGUGUGGACCAUGUCCACAGUCCCAUAAUGUGCUUUUCCAGAUUGGCAAACAGUCCAUCCAGAAGUGAUUACAGGGACACCAGUGAGUAUGUACGGAUCUGGAAACCUCUGUGUGAGAUGGAAUCUGCUGCCAGUGCAGUGGAUGAAAGUGAUGGUAUCAUCAUUGAAAACCUGGAGGUAGACUUUCACCACGAUCAUGAGCACAUCUCAGGAAGCUUCACCCUACCACUGUUAUGGAUUGAAGAAUGGGCCAUUGAAUUCAGACUUGAAACAUGCUUGUUGUGUAUUCGGAAAAGAGGUUUGAAGAUGACCUCAACUCCAGAACAUUCUUCUCUUGUGGACCCAAAAGAGUUUACAUGGGUGGCACAUGGUGUCACAACGAGAACGGAACAACUGACAAAGCCAAAGGAAGCAACAAAAGUGGAGUUCUACAUCAACCACCUGCCCAUGGAGACAAUUCCUCCUUGUAUCUUUCAGAAAAACACAGGUUUCACAGUGGAAAUAAUCCCAAAGUUACUGCCUGACAUACGGAAAGAAUCGGCCAUUACAAGCAUUCCAAAUGCAUGUGACCUUGUGAAGUGCUUAGCACUUGGACACCAUCUUCCAAGACAGGUUGUACCAUACCCUGUCUUGAGAUGGCAAAUUAUGAGACAACCACUCCCAAGCGGACUGCCACAACUUAACGACCGCCAGUAUGAUGCUGUGGAAAAAGCCCUAAAUAAUACUUUUACACUUAUACAGGGACCACCUGGAACUGGAAAAACGAUCGUUGGAGUACGAAUUGUGCACUCCUUUUUUAAAAUGAAUGCUCAGCACAAAAGGAAGGAUGAUGACUCAGAGGACAAGAAAGAAGUUAUUCUUUAUUGUGGCCCGUCCAACAAGUCUGUUGAUGUUGUUGCAGAGUACUUGCUGAAGUUUGAGGACAUGAGGCCCCUCAGAGUCUACAGCCAACAAGUGGAGAUGAUUGAGUACCCUUAUCCCAACUGCGCACUUACGUUUUCCUCAAGGGCAGUCCGUCAAGAACCCUCCAAACCAGAGCUCCGGAGCAUCACUCUGCAUCACCGCAUACGAGAGAGCCAAAACCAGUUUUCAGAAGAAAUUAAAACUUUUGACGCUCGCAUCAAAGAUGCCCUUGAACAAGGACAAAGGAUGACACCUGAGGAGGUGAAAAAAUAUAAACAGCUUCUCCAAAGUGCCCGGAAGGAUGAGAUUGAACGUCAUGAUGUAAUUCUCUGCACAUGUACGCAAUCUUCCACCCCAAGCUUGAAAAAGCUGGUUAGCGCACGGCAGAUUCUCAUUGAUGAAUGUGCAAUGGCCACUGAACCACAGGCCCUGAUUCCGUUAGUCUGCAACAAGCCGGAAAAGAUUGUUUUGAUCGGUGAUCACAAACAGCUGCGUCCCAUUGUCAAGAAUGACAAAGUCCGGAAGCUGGGCAUGGCCAGGUCUUUCUUUGAGCGCUACUAUACGAUGUAUGAAAAGAGGACGGUGAUGCUGGAGAUCCAGUACAGAAUGCAUGAGGACAUUUGCGAGUUUCCUUCAAAACAAUAUUAUGAAGGAAAACUCAAAACUGGGGUGGAGCAGCCCGGCAGUGUGUUUCGUGUUAAUGACAAGCCGAUGCAAAUCGUGUUUGGGGACAUCAGAGGAACGACUGUCCGUCUGGUGGUCAGCACCUCCAAAGGCAACCUGCACUCCAAAAAGAACAACGAAGAGAGAGACAAAGUGGUUGCAAUCACUAAAAUGUUGAUCCAAAAUGCGAAAAUCAAGCAGCAGGAUAUUGUGAUUCUGUCGCCUUAUAAUGCUCAAGUAUCAGAGAUCCAAAAGACGCUGAAUGAGCUGAAGAUAAAGGACGUCACCGUGACCACAAUCACAAAGAGUCAAGGAAGUGAAUGGCGUUAUGUCAUCAUAUCGACUGUGUGCUCCUUGCCGAGUAAAGAGAUUGUGAAGGAUCCAGAUAGCGCUUGGCUGUCCAAGAAUCUGGGCUUUGUGGGUGACCCCAACCAGACAAAUGUGGCCAUCACCAGAGCCAAGGAGGGGCUGUGCAUCAUUGGAAACCAGGAGUUGCUGAACUGCAGUGGGACUUGGAAGGACCUGCUGGACCACUACAGGAGUCACAAUGCAGUGACUGAUGCAGACAACAUAUCAGUUCUUACUGUAGAAAACGGCUGAGCUAAAUGAUUCCUGCAGACAUCACAACUCAGGCCUUAAACUUACACAAGGGAUGACGUCAGGAAGU